GUUGCGUUUCUUCGCUUCUCCCUCUGUGUGAGGGCGAGGUAAGGUAAUAAUAAUGGGGAACUCUGUCUGUCUCGGUCUCCUCUUAUCUGAGAGAGAGAGACGAUAGAAGAAAAACCCUGAAGCCAGCAACAGAAAAAGGGAAAAAAGAGAGAGAGAGAAUUUUUUAAACCCUAACCCUAUCCCUAGUAGCGGUAGACCUAGCCGGGGUGCUCUUUUAUCGACGGGAGGCGAGGGAAAGAUGGAGGCGUGAGGCCGAAUUUCUCUGGUUCGUGCUUCGAUCAAUAUGCAGGCGCAAAAAGAAGAGUGGAGAAUGACGGGGGGAUUGGAGAUCUGAAAGGCAUAAUUUUUUUGGUUGUGGGCCAUGAGAAGGGGUCGGCUUUUCUUCUGGGAGGGGAAGGAUUCAAGGAAUGGCGAGGUCCCGGAGCUCCCCCUCGUUGUGAAUUGGUCGUUGACGCUCGAAUGCGGUGCCUAGGAGCUCUUGCAUUUCAUCGGUGUCUGGUAGAUCGGGAGUCUGGCGAAGGGGGUUUGGAAUUUUCUCUUGGAGAGUCUGUUUUUGCAGCAACGACUUGGAAAACUGAGGUUUUGGUGCCACCGGUGCGAAGGAGAUUGAAUUGGGGAAGCCUCGCGGGCUAGGCUUCGGGAGAGAUUUGAAUUUGGGAUCUCUUCUUCUGAAGCGGUAAGAAUUUGACUGGACGGUGCUGGAACUGUGAGGCGAAGUCCGGCUUCAUCAAAUUGUUAGGCUUUGUAGAAUUUAGAAACUUUUUAUCAAGUGUUGAUUGUUGUUGCUCUUUUCUUUUCUUCUUCUCUUAUUUUCUGAAGAGAAAACGUAAACUGAGCAUUUGUUGCUUCAGCUGGGUUUUGAUGCGUCUUAUGAGUUUCCGAUUAGCUUGAAUUUGAUAGUGGAAUGGAGUCGGCGGGGAAGUUUUGGAGUGGAGAAGAUAAGGCCAUGUUGGAGGCGGUUCUGGGUGGCGACGCAUGUGAGUAUUUGAUGACCGGAAAUUCUUCAUCAGAAGGGUUGUUUACCGCCGUUGGCGAUUGCGCGUUGCAGUCCAAGCUUUGCGAACUGGUUGAAGGGUCGGCUAUGUCAAACUGGACUUACGCCAUCUUCUGGCAGGUCUCUAGAUCCAAGUCCGGGGAACUUGUUUUGGGGUGGGGAGACGGGCACUGUAGGGAACCGAAGGAGGGUGAAGUGGUGGCUGCCGAACUUCGUCACUCUGGCGAAAACAGGGAGCAGAAAAUGAGGAAGAGGGUGUUGCAGAAGCUUCAUACAUUUUUUGGUGGUUCCGAUGAGGAUAACAUCGCCGUGACGUUGGAUACCGUUUCGAACACGGAGAUGUUUUACUUGACGUCCAUGUACUAUUCAUUUCCUCGCGGCAUUGGGGCACCUGGCAAGAGCUUCGCUUCCGGUAAACCUGUCUGGAUUGUCAACCCAGACAACUCUGUUGAUCAGUAUUACUCGAGGUCGCACCUCGCCAAAUUGGCGGGGUUUCGCACCUUGGUUUGCUUCCCCACUGAGACGGGAGUGCUAGAGCUUGGAUCGGUUAAUUUGAUACUAGAGGAUCAGAACGUUCUGCAGGCCAUCGACUCCACAUUUUCGGUAUCCGGUCCUCUUAGGUCACAGUCUUCCUUAAAGUUGCAUGAGCGGCCUGAUGAAUUCCCCAAAAUUUUUGGCCAUGAUCUCAGACCCGGUAAGGCUGGUUCUCACCUUACAACUAAGCCCUUCGCUGCCAAGCUAGAGGAUGCAACUGCUCCUUCCUUGCGCUCCUUGCACGAGCAGAAAGAGGUGGCUGCACCCUUGGUGAGCUCAAAGAAGGAACUGGCGACCCUGAGUUGGAGCUCUGAAGCGGGGGUGGAUGCUUAUAAAUCGCAGAUCCAACUCAAGCAUGGAAACAACAACGUGCUGAUUGCAAACAGUGAGCCUGCUGCUGGCCUCAAGUAUGGAAACUAUACUAAUGGUAGUGGCGUAGAGGAAAGCAGAUUGAAAUUGUUCCCUCCUCAGAGGCAGAUAGACUUCUCGGGGACAUCAAGAGCCGGUCUAGCAGUUCCUGCUAAUUCCCGAACACCAAUCAACGAAAUAGAGAUUCCUGACAUGGAUUCUUCAUCUAAAGAUGACCGGCUUCCCCAACCUGAUGAGAGAAGACCAAGAAAAAGGGGACGAAAGCCAGCCAAUGGAAGGGAGGAGCCUCUGAAUCAUGUGGAGGCAGAGAGGCAAAGGCGUGAGAAACUUAAUCAACGUUUCUACGCAUUGAGGGCAGUUGUUCCGAACAUCUCGAAGAUGGACAAGGCCUCCUUGCUGGGGGACGCCAUUGCAUACAUUACGGAGCUUCAGAAGAAGCUCAGAGAGAUGGAAGCGGAGAAGGAGAAGCGCGGCACUUCUACUAACGUUGCGGAUGCAGCGGUAGGGAUUGAUAGUGCAGAUGAGUCCCGAAAGACUUCCAAUACAGAGAUUGAAGUGCGGACAUUGCAUGAGGAUCUGAUUGUGCAGGUGAGCUGCCCACUUGAUACCCACCCCAUAGCCAAAGUGAUGGGAGUCUUACGUGACAUGAAGAUCGCUGUUCAGGAGUCCAGAGUCUCCACAGAAAGUGACUCGGUUCUUCAUACGUUUGUGAUCAGGCCCCCAAGUGGGGGUGAGCAGCUAAUGAAAGAAAAAUUGGUCGCUGCGUUUUCAAGCUGACUGUAUGAUUUUGGGCACCGAAAACAUUUUUUCGUUUUGCUCCACGAUGGGCCUCAAUGGCAGGGCUCUUCUGAUGUGAUCGUUUCCCUUGACAAACUGCUUAUAGUAAAAAUGAGGUAUAUGUGAAAAUUGGUCCAGGUUUUGUGAUUCCUGAUGUGCACGCUGGUUUCAAGUUUCUGUAAAGGGAGAGGCUUUUGAGUCUUCAAAGUGUAUGAAGGAUAGAUGUAUAUCUUCCAAGGACAGGAUCGUUACUGUACUCAUUUCUACUAGCUGAGUAAACGCCCCUCGCGCCUCCCCGCCUCCCCCCACCCGACGGAGGACGGGGGAAGAGGGAAACUUGCUGCUUUUAGUUGGCAUCACUUGAAUGCUUUUUUGUGGCUUCUCUUUCUAUCUGUUGUAGAAAGCAAAUAGUUCCUGAUUUCUGCUAUAGACAGUACUGGCAAUUCCAUGUGAUUUAUUGUUAUUAUUUUUAAGCGAACAAGCUUACUGCAUUAUUCA